AUGACCGAAGGUCCACUGAAGCAGAAGCUUCAGUCAUGUGAGAACAAACCAGUCACUAUCAAUCAGUUCUCGAUCGGUCACCGUGGCGGCGGCACACUUCAGAUCCCCGAAGAAACCAAGCAAUCUCAAGACGCGGGAGCUCGGAUGGGUGCUGGUGUCCUGGAGUGUGAUGUAUCAUUCACUGGCGAUCGUGGGCUUGUAUGUCGCCACUCGCUCUGCGACCUACAUACCACCACCGAUAUCCUUCUUCACCCUGAAUUGGCGAGCAAGUGCACAAAACCCUUCACCCCUGCAAAUGGAACAUCCCCCGCCAGUGCCCUUUGCUGCACUUCAGAUAUUACUAUCGCUGAGUUCGGCACUCUCUGCGGCAAGCAGGAUGGCUUUAAUGCGUCCGCCCUCACGCCUCAGGACUACCAAUUCGGCACUCCAACUUGGCGAACAGAACUUUACGAUACCUGCGGCAAGGUGCUGACGUUAAACGAGUACAUCGACCUCGUCAAUGACUACCCCGGUUAUCGCAACUUCACACCGGAACUGAAAACGCCUCCAGCAGAGGUUCCCAUGCCUUUCAAUGGCUACACUCAGCAACAAUACGCUCAGGACAUGGUUGAUGCUUUCCGCAACAAGUCCAUUGAUUUCAGCCGCAUUUGGCCUCAAUCAUUCACCUACGACGACAUUGUAUUCUGGCUCAAUUAUGACCACGACUUCGGCAAGCAAGCCGUUUAUCUCGUCGAGUACGACACACCCGAAGACAUCGCGGCCGGUACUGCUAACCUUACCGUUGCCAAAGCCGCUGGUGUCAACAUCAUCAGCCCCUCUCUGCCUAUGUUGCUCACCGUCGGCGAAAACAAAACGAUCGUGCCUUCUGCGUAUGCCGAAGCUGUCAAGGCUGCUGGUUUCGACAUCAUUGCCUGGACGUAUGAGCGCUCGGGGCCUCUAUCAACGGUCAAGAGCCGUGGUGAGUACUACUUCGGAUCUAUUGCGAAUGUCACGUACUUCGAUGGGCAGUACUACGAUAUCCUCGAUGUGCUUGUGAACCAGGUUGGGAUCAAGGGUCUAUUCAGUGAUUGGUCGUCUACGGUGACGUACUUUGCUAAUUGCUUUGGACUUAAGGGACCUAUUGGCGGUAGCUACACAUAA